CCGUGAGAUAUAGUCACCAGACGGACUAGUCGACCUAUAUCUGACAUGUCUUGACACGCCGAUAGGGCGCGCGAAUGUCAGCCCUGAACUUGGGGUUUGCUAUUUUGCCGCAAGUCAAUUUUAAACCAACUUAAUCCACUCAUUUACGGCCUGGACCUUACCGACACCGUAUAUAAUUCUCGCUGGUCGCAUGAUUAGUCCGUUGCAUACCCACCACUGAGAUAGCCACUCGCGAACAAGCUUCCACUUGCAGUAUGCCUUUGAUUCCAACGUAUCCCAGUUCCUGGUCACCCGAUACGUACCGCAUCUUCAACUAUUUUGUGGUUGCAUCGUCCGCUACAGUGGUAUACGACUGGGUGUUGACAAUCGGUCGAGAGUAUGAAUUGAUCUGGAGGCAGCGCCGUUCUCUCAUGACUGCUCUAUAUAUCAUCGUGCUGAAUCUCCCGGGAGUCUUUACGACAGACAUGGUGAGCUUUGCCAUGGACCUCGUACUCUUGUGGACGAUUUUGCCCGUAAAUGUCAUGUUGAGUGUCAUCAUGAUCUCUCGGCUAUAUGCCAUGUAUCAGCGAUCGAGAAAGAUACUCAUCCUUCUCAUUGCGAGCCUCAUCUUUAGUACUGUUUUCUGCUCAGUAAUUGCUGUCGCAGGAACCGGCCUUCUUUCGAUAAAGGUGAUCCUCUACGGCACACAGUGCGUUUACGAAAUCGAUGAAACCCAACAAAUUCGGAUGCUCAAGGCUUAUGCAUUAGCUACUGCAUGGGAGGUCCUCACACUGGGUCUUGCAAUCUGGGCUGUUGUAAAACACCUGCGUGAACUGCGAAGGCAAUCGCCAGGAUGGAACAUCAUUGGUGAUUGUUUCGCGGUGUUACUCAAGACUCAUGUCCUCUACUUUGUAUUCUUCGCUGCUAGCUCUAGCCUCAAUAUUGGCUUAAUGUCUCCACGUUUCUCUGCCUCAACUUCUCUGGGAGCUCAGAUUUAUCGUGGUUAUCUUGAAUUUGCCACGCUCUUGCAGAUGUUUGUGACAGGACCUCGCCUCAUCCUUAGCAUUCGGGAAUAUAAUGCUGAGCUCACGUCAAGCUUUGAGGAUGGCGAUAGCAUACAUCCAAUGGCUUUCCAGGAAUACAUACCAGAGUCGACUGACAGUGAUAUGUAGCACGAGAUAUCUCCAGUUGAUUAUGCAUCACAGAUACUCUGUACAUACUACAGAACAUGUACAAUUGUAAUAUUGGUCGCGGUACUUCCAUGAACACUCGUCUGGAGCGACUCUGUGCUGCAAAUAUUGCCUAUGCUACAGCUCUGAACCUGCCAAGUUUUGAGAUUUCGUGGCCAUCUGGGUUUGGAGCUUAUUACACCGUGACUGGAAGGAUGAUAGCAGGGUACUACUGCUUCACGGUAUCACCUGGCAUAUUGGGUCCGUGUAUUGCAAUGACACAACUUACGAAGUACUGAGUCACAUCCGAAGUGUUUGAUCCGCAUCAUGUUACAGAAACUCCUACGUAGUACGCAUCACUCGGUGUCGGAUUUGUGGGUAUGCGGGCAUGUUGUAGCU